GGGAGGAAACGCGCCGCUGCAAGGAGACACGCACGUGGGGAACCAGCACGGCCCCUUCCGGGGCUGGGACGCCUUUGCACGCUUUUGCGCCUCCCCCCUCCCUCUCUCCCCGUUGUGUAGGGAAGCCGGAAGCGAGGUUGGAAUGCCUUUGCACACUUUUGCACGCCUGUUGCACGCUUGGAACUCACUGCCCCCCGUGCACAACGGUUUUGCAAGCGGAAGCCGGAAGCGAGAGGCAACUGACCCCGUUGCACACUUGCCAGCUCUCUCCCGCUUGUGCGAGGGAAAGGGAACGCCUUUUGCACGCUUCUUCCUCCCUGCCCCGGUUUGCAAAGAGAAGCAGGAAGCGAGAGGCAGCAACUGUGUCACGUUUGCACACUUGGCGUCUCCCUCCGGCUUGCGAAGAAGCCGUUGCACACUUUUGCACGCCAGUUUCCACUCUUGCCGCCUCAGUCCCCCAUCCCCUUCCCCCCCGGUUUGCAAAGGGAAGCAGGAAGCGAGAGGCAGCAACUGUGCCGCCUUUGCACACUUGGCGUCUCCCUGCGGCUUGCGAGGGGAAGCAGGAAGACUGCACACUUUUGCACUUCCUCCCUGCCCCGCUUUGCAAAGGGAAGCGAGAGGCGGCACCCGGGACACUUUUGCCCCCCCUGCCCGGCUUUGCAGGGGACGCGGGCGGACUUUCGCACGCCCCCCACCCCCGCCGGCCUGGCCCGGGGAAAGCAGGCAGCGAAGGGGCGGCGAGCGGGCGGCCGCGCUCUCCCGAGCCCCGCGGGGCCGCGCGCCGCAUCCGGCCGGUCGCCCGGCAGCCGAGCCGGCGUCGCCUGGGCGGGGACGGGGGCGGCAGGGGAGCGGCGGGAGAGGCCCGCGGGCGCAGGCUUGGCGAGGCGGGCGGAGGCUGCCCGGCCCUCCCAGCCCCUCCGCGCGCUCCCUGGCCAGCCGGCGCAUGGCCAAGCCGGGGGGUCCGCAGGGGGAGCCCCCCCUGGCCGGCCUGGACCAGGACAAGUACGACGCGGAGGAGAACGUGAAGAUCAUCUGCCUGGGCGACAGCGCCGUGGGCAAGUCCAAAUUGAUGGAACGCUUCCUCAUGGAGGGCUUCAAGCCACAGCAGCUCUCGACCUUCGCCCUGACCCUCUACAAGCACACGGCCACCGUGGACGGCAAGAUGGUCCUUGUGGACUUCUGGGACACGGCUGGCCAGGAGCGUUUCCAGAGCAUGCACCCGUCCUACUAUCACAAGGCCCAUGCUUGCAUCAUGGUGUUUGACGUCCAGAGGAAGUUGACCUACAAGAACCUGGCCAACUGGUAUAAGGAGCUGCGUGAAUUCCGGCCCCAGAUACCCUGCAUCGUGGUGGCCAACAAAAUUGAUGCCGACCUGAAGGCGACCCAGAAGAGCUUCAACUUUGCCAAGAAGCUCAACCUGCCUCUCUACUUCGUGUCUGCAGCAGACGGCACCAACGUGGUGAAGCUCUUCACUGAUGCCAUCAAGCUGGCCGUGGCCUACAAGCAGAACUCGGAGGACUUCAUGGACGAAGUCCUAAAGGAGCUGGAGAACUUUGAUCUGGAGACGAAGGAGGAGGACUCCCCCACAGAGGAGAGCAGCCCAGGGAAGGCUUCCUGGGUCCACCUGAGCCCUGGGAACGAGUAACUGGGCUGCCACUUGCACAGAGACCACCGGCAGCUCCACCUGCUCGGUGGAGGCAGCCAGGGCCCUCUGAGGGGAGGCACCCAGGUGGAGAUGGGCUCUGCUGCCCUGGGAGAAGGCGGCGGGGAGACCAAGAUUCCCCCCCCCCAGAGAACAGGGGCUGAUGGGGCUGAUAGACCUUGGGCUUCUCCAUGCCCCGUUUCGCUUCUAGAGGACCCUUAGCCUAUGUUGUUGUUGUUGUUGAAAAAAUUCCACCCGGAGAAAUAAAUUUUGGAAGUCUUGAAAGCCAGA